AUGGACCCAUGGAGUACUAUUGGAACAGCAGCCUCACUAUUUUCUGCAAAGGAUAUAACUUAUUCACAGGUUCUAGCAGCCAAGAAAGCUCUUGAAAUUUUAGCCAAAAACAAAGAGACAGUUUUACCAAUUGUUCAAUUAUGCCUUGCAUGUGCUAAUAACGAUACUUAUUCCGUUAAAGAUUUAAUAACAGAAAAUCAAUCUUUGUUGAAUAUGGUAGAUAGUAAAGGAUUGACACCUUUAAUAUACGCAAUUUGUUUUCAUAAUAAUGACUGUGUCGAUGUGUUGCUUACGUUGAAUGUCGAUUGCAACGAACCUGACAAUCUAGUAGGUUGGACACCUGUCAUGUGGGCAACUUAUCUAGACUAUGAAGAUAUCAUUGAAAGACUAGUUUCCUCGAACGCUGAUCCGAAGAAAACCGUGGGAAAAAGCAUGAAAAACGCAAUUCAACUGAUAAAACCAGGUUCCAAAGCUGAAGAGUAUUACAAGAUUCACGGAUACUUAGAAAAGCCGAAAUAUAUAGCCAACGAUAGCUUCUAUGCAACUGACAAUACGCUAGCUUCUGGCGUGAAAAAUAUCUCACUAAAUUCAGAUAACAAUAAAUUUAUUGAUGAGACCAAUGACUAUUAUGAUGAGAUGUCUACUAGUGACGAGUUCAAUUUCAAUAUGGUUCAGUAUAAACAAUACUUAAAGUUUAACGACAAUAGUAUUCGUGCAAUUAUGGACUAUUUAUUUGAUUUACCAAACAAAUAUCACACCAAACCUUUAUAUCCAUCCUCAGUAAUAUUUCAAUGUCUACGUUACGCCGAGGAUAAACUGAACAACCCAGGAAUGGUUAAAAUGUUAAUGGACUUGUACAUAACCAGAAUAAGAAAUGUUUCAGGCACAAAGAGUGGCGUAGUUCAAUUCUAUGGUGAAAAGGAAAGAAAAGAAAGAGAGAAACAAAAGAAAAAAGAAAAAGACACCACACCUGAUCCUCCUCCAGUUGAUAUAACAACAAUCUGUUACUGGAUUUCUGCGUUGAAUCACUUAUAUUAUUAUCUUGUUAGAGAUACUGCUUGCAAUUUCUUGUCCAAAUAUCCUGAGUUGUUGCAGGAUCUGAUUUCAUGUCUGCAAUCUUUGAUAUUCAAACUAGCAUUCACGCUGGAUGCCAAAUUGGAGACAAUAUUAGAACCUUGCAUUUUACAGUACAAUUCCGUACCUGAUACCGAUAUAAUUUACAAAAGUGACUGGAAAGUGUUCAAAAACCAGUCUAAGCAACACACAAAGUCAUCAUAUGAAGAAAUUAUUGACAUGUUAUACCCACCAUCCUACAAAGAACAAAUGAAACCGUCCCCACUCAAAGUCAUCCAAACAUUAGGCGCUCUGUUAUAUGUACUGGAACUUUACUACGUUAGUGAUGUUAUCAAGCAACAAUGUUUGAGUGCUGUUUUAUAUUUCAUAGGCGCACAUUUGUUCAAUAAGAUUGUAUCCCACAAAAGAUAUUGCUCUAGAAUUAAAGCACUUGAAAUUAGAUUAAACAUUUCAUAUAUUCAAGAUUGGUUGCGUUCAAACAAUUUACAACCAUUCAUUGAAGAGGACGGAAACUUCGAUACCGUUUUGGCUAUGUGGAGAAAUGAUGGGUUCCCAGAUACACUGGUAGGAAAACCAACUGGAUACCUCAGCAACGUAUGCCGCUAUAACGGAGAUGCCAGAGAUCCAACGGAUGCAACUUACUACAUGAACCAUUUGUUUACUAUUGGAAAGUAUGCAUUAGCACCAGUGGUUGAAUUGACUGAAUGGUUACAAGUCUUUACAGAAAUAACCACCUUAGAAGAAAUGCAAGAUACUCUUGAUGUUUUUGAAGUUUUAGCAUCAUCAACGAUGGUUCAAUGUGUCAGAAAUUAUCACUACGAAGUUGAUGAAAAGAAGUUCCCUAAAAAGAUUAAGAAAUGGCUAAAGGAGAACCGCCACAACGAGUCCGACAAACUCCAGGAGAAGGGAAUGUUUUAUAAAGAUGAAUCGAAAUUGGUUCUUAAUCAAGGGCAAGCUUUUCCCUUAUGUCUUCCUAGAAAGGUACAACUAUUACACCAGUAUGGUGCCGAUUUCAAGCAUGUUGACAAUAGAAAAUUAGCAGCUUAUCAACCUCAUAUACCUGUUAUUAUCCGGGAUGACAUUGAGACAAUUGUAGAUGAACACGCAGAUGAAGAUGAAGAUGGUCAUUAUGAAGGGUACGAUAAUGUAGAUAACAAUGUUCUCAGCCAAGGAAAUUCUAGUAAUGAUUCAUUUGGGGUUUCUACAGGACAAAACAAACAAGAAACAAAUUAUAUGAAGAACGAAUGGGAUGAAGACUCUCGUGAUGUACUAGAUGGCGAUACCAAUGCCUCCAAUAGUAGAGCCGAAUACGGAACUGUAUGUGGUGAUGCUAAAAAGAGCGAUUUGUUUCAAGAGUUGAGUAUUCCUACUACUGUUGCACAGAAAACAUGGCAAGAUUCUCCAGAGGGUAAUCCAUGGGCUUAA